AUGGCAGAGAAAGCGACCAGGAAGGAGAUGCCCAGCAAGGAAGCCUACCCUGCCGCAGCAGCUAGUUCCAGCCAGAGGCCUCUCGGGUGCAGAGUGGUCUCUGGGGAGGUGUCCGCCAAGCCCAGCGACUGCCCUACACUCAACACCGGAAGAGGGAGCAGCGCACACCAGGGCGACUGGCACCCGGCACCCACACGGAGGGCGCUGGACGGGGGCGUCGCAGCCCGGGAGUCUCGUUCUGGGUGCGGGUCCCGGGCAACACAGGAGGAAGGUUGGGCGCAGCUGAUGUCCUCCCAGGGCCCGGCGCUCCUCAGGGUGAGACCCGCCACCCCGGCGCUCCUCAGGGUGAGACCCGCCACCCCGGCGCUCCUCAGGGGGAGACCCGCCACCCCGGCGCUCCUCAAGGGGAGACCCGCCACCCCGGCGCUCCUCAGGCGCAGAGACCCGCCACCCCGGCGCUCCUCAGGGGGAGACCCGCCACCCCGGCGCUCCUCAGGGGGAGACCCGCCACCCCGGCGCUCCUCAAGGGGAGACCCGCCACCCCGGCGCUCCACAGGGGGAGACCCGCCACCCCGGCGCUCCUCAGGCGCAGAGACCCGCCACCCCGGCGCUCCUCAGGGGGAGACCCGCCACCCCGGCGCUCCACAGGGGGAGACCCGCCACCCCGGCGCUCCUCUGGCGCAGAGACCCGCCACCCCCGGCGCUCCUCAGGGGGAGACCCGCCACCCCGGCGCUCCUCUGGCGCAGAGACCCGCCACCCCGGCGCUCCUCAGGCGCAGAGACCCGCCACCCCGGCGCUCCUCAGGGGGAGACCCGCCACCCCGGCGCUCCACAGGCGCAGAGACCCGCCACCCCGGCGCUCCUCAGGCGCAGAGACCCGCCACCCCCGGCGCUCCUCAGGCGCAGAGACCCGCCACCCCGGCGCUCCUCUGGCGCAGAGACCCGCCACCCCGGCGCUCCUCAGGGGGAGACCCGCCACCCCGGCGCUCCUCAGGGGGAGACCCGCCACCCCGGCGCUCCUCAGGCGCAGAGACCCGCCACCCCGGCGCUCCUCAGGCGCAGAGACCCGCCACCCCGGCGCUCCUCUGGCGCAGAGACCCGCCACCCCGGCGCUCCUCAGGGGGAGACCCGCCACCCCGGCGCUCCUCAGGGGGAGACCCGCCACCCCGGCGCUCCUCAGGCGCAGAGACCCGCCACCCCGGCGCUCCUCAGGCGCAGAGACCCGCCACCCCCGGCGCUCCUCAGGCGCAGAGACCCGCCACCCCGGCGCUCCUCAGGCGCAGAGACCCGCCACCCCGGCGCUCCUCAGGGGGAGACCCGCCACCCCGGCGCUCCUCAGGGGGAGACCCGCCACCCCGGCGCUCCUCAGGGGGAGACCCGCCACCCCGGCGCUCCUCUGGCGCAGAGACCCGCCACCCUGACGCUCCUCAGGGGGAGACCCGCCACCCCGGCGCUCCUCAGGGGGAGACCCGCCACCCCGGCGCUCCUCAGGGGGAGACCCACCACCCCGGCGCUCCUCAGGGGGAGACCCGCCACCCCGGCGCUCCUCAGGGGGAGACCCGCCACCCCCGGCGCUCCUCUGGCGCAGAGACCCGCCACCCCCGGCGCUCCUCAGGGGGAGACCCGCCACCCCGGCGCUCCUCUGGCGCAGAGACCCGCCACCCCCGGCGCUCCUCUGGCGCAGAGACCCGCCACCCCGGCGCUCCUCAGGGGGAGACCCGCCACCCCGGCGCUCCUCAGGGGGAGACCCGCCACCCCGGCGCUCCUCAGGCGCAGAGACCCGCCACCCCGGCGCUCCUCAGGCGCAGAGACCCGCCACCCCGGCGCUCCUCUGGCGCAGAGACCCGCCACCCCGGCGCUCCUCAGGGGGAGACCCGCCACCCCGGCGCUCCUCAGGGGGAGACCCGCCACCCCGGCGCUCCUCAGGCGCAGAGACCCGCCACCCCGGCGCUCCUCAGGCGCAGAGACCCGCCACCCCGGCGCUCCUCAGGCGCAGAGACCCGCCACCCCGGCGCUCCUCAGGCGCAGAGACCCGCCACCCCCGGCGCUCCUCAGGGGGAGACCCGCCACCCCGGGGGAGACCCGCCACCCCGGCGCUCCUCAGGGGGAGACCCGCCACCCCGGCGCUCCUCAGGGGGAGACCCGCCACCCCGGCGCUCCUCAGGGGGAGACCCGCCACCCCGGCGCUCCUCAGGGGGAGACCCGCCACCCCGGCGCUCCUCUGGCGCAGAGACCCGCCACCCCGGCGCUCCUCAGGGGGAGACCCGCCACCCCGGCGCUCCUCUGGCGCAGAGACCCGCCACCCCGGCGCUCCUCAGGCGCAGAGACCCGCCACCCCGGCGCUCCUCUGGCGCAGAGACCCGCCACCCCGGCGCUCCUCAGGGGGAGACCCGCCACCCCGGCGCUCCUCAGGGGGAGACCCGCCACCCCGGCGCUCCUCAGGCGCAGAGACCCGCCACCCCGGCGCUCCUCUGGCGCAGAGACCCGCCACCCCGGCGCUCCUCAGGGGGAGACCCGCCACCCCGGCGCUCCUCAGGGGGAGACCCGCCACCCCGGCGCUCCUCAGGCGCAGAGACCCGCCACCCCGGCGCUCCUCAGGGGGAGACCCGCCAUCCCGGCGCUCCUCAGGGGGAGACCCGCCACCCCGGCGCUCCUCAGGCGCAGAGACCCGCCACCCCGGCGCUCCUCAGGCGCAGAGACCCGCCAUCCCGGCGCUCCUCAGGCGCAGAGACCCGCCACCCCGGCGCUCCUCAGGCGCAGAGACCCGCCAUCCCGGCGCUCCUCAGGCGCAGAGACCCGCCACCCCGGCGCUCCUCUGGCGCAGAGACCCGCCACCCCGGCGCUCCUCAGGGGGAGACCCGCCACCCCGGCGCUCCUCAGGGGGAGACCCGCCACCCCGGCGCUCCUCAGGCGCAGAGACCCGCCACCCCGGCGCUCCUCAGGCGCAGAGACCCGCCAUCCCGGCGCUCCUCAGGCGCAGAGACCCGCCACCCCGGCGCUCCUCAGGCGCAGAGACCCGCCAUCCCGGCGCUCCUCAGGCGCAGAGACCCGCCACCCCGGCGCUCCUCAGGCGCAGAGACCCGCCACCCUGACGCUCCUCACUCGGCGCCGCAGGGCCGGGCGGCAGGAGCGAGGACGCGACGGCAGCCCGAGGCGCAUGCGCAGUGCGUGUUGGCGUGGCCGCGGCGUGGUGGCGAAACUGCGCAGGCGCGGCGCGGCGGGGUGCCGGCGCGGAGGCGACGAGCGAUUGGCUGCGGCGGCGCGGGGCGGGGCUGCGGCGCGGGGGCGAAGGGCGAUUGGUCGAGGCGCCGAGGCCGGCAUUUGAAGGACGCGGCGCCGCGUGGCGUCUCCCAGAACGGCCGAGGCGCCGAGGGGGCAACGUCGGGGCGGCUGCGCUGCGGGCGGCCGGGGCAGCGGGUGGGUGGCGCGGAGGCGCGGCGGCGGCGCGGGGCUGGGUCCCCGGUCCUCCGGGCCGGGCCGGGCCGGGCCGAGCGGCGGGAGGCGGCCGAGCGGGGCCCCUCGUCCCGCCGCUGA